AAAAUAUCCGAAGCCUUUCAUCACCCCCAUCGCCAUGGCUUCGGACUUGUGAGAAUGCAGUAGCGAAGAGCGAGGAAAGGGACAAGUGCAGUUUCUUCCUCUCUCUCUAUAUGUAUAUAUUAUAUAUAUAUUUCUCUGUCUACAGUUUUAAAAUCAUCUCCCUCUCCCUUCCUUUGCUGCAUCACUUUCUUCUCUGAAAUCCUCGAUUACCUGACAACGGGAGUGAUUUUCAAAAUAAAAAAAAUAAAAAAAUACUAAUCUCGCUCAAUCUUUAUAUAUAUAUAUAUAUAUGAAUAUUGAUACAUUCAAACACAUCAUAUAUUUCAUCUUUAUAUCUCCGUUUUCUCUCUCUACCUGUUAACUAUGGAAGUAUCAUCCGAGGAUUGCUCCGUCAAGGUUGCAGUGCACAUCCGUCCACUCAUCGGUGACGAGCGGUUCCAAGGAGGUAAAGAAUGCGUAACCGUCGUAGCUGGAAAGCCUCAGGUACAACUUGGUGCACAUUCUUUUACAUUUGAUCAUGUCUAUGGAGGAGGUGGUUCUUCAUCAACUGUCAUGUUUGAGGAAUGCAUUGGUCCGCUUGUUGAUGGUUUGUUUCAAGGGUACAAUGGUACUGUUCUGGCAUAUGGUCAGACAGGAUCGGGCAAAACCUACACCAUGGGGACUGGUUUCAAAGAUGGUUGCCAGACAGGACUGAUUCCUCAAGUUAUGAAUGCACUGUUCAACAAGAUUGAAACUUUGAAGCAUCAAACUGAUAUUCAGUUGCAUGUUUCUUUCAUUGAGAUUUUAAAAGAAGAAGUGAGGGAUUUACUGGAUUCAACAUCUGUUAGAAAAUCAGAGAGCGCUAUUGGACAUGGUGCGAAAGUUACUGCCCUGGGGAGGACGCCAGUUCAAAUUCGUGAGACAUCAAAUGGAGAUAUAACACUAGCAGGAUUAAAUGAAGUUGGUGUCAGCACCUUAAAAGAUAUGGCGGCUUGCCUGGAGCAAGGUUCAUUGAGCAGGGCAACAGGGAGCACAAAUAUGAAUUGCCAGUCUAGUCGGUCGCACGCCGUUUUCACAAUCACUUUGGAACAGAUGCGUAAACUCAAUCCUGUUUUCGGUGGCAAGAUCAGUGCAGAUGAGGACAUGGCUGAAGAGUUACUAUCUGCAAAACUCCACCUUGUAGAUCUUGCUGGAUCUGAAAGAGCAAAAAGAACAGGUUCUGACGGUCUUCGCUUUAAAGAAGGCAUUCACAUUAAUAAGGGUCUUCUUGCACUUGGUAAUGUCAUCAGUGCACUAGGGGAUGAGAAAAAACGGAAAGGGGGUGUGCAUAUUCCUUAUCGAGACAGCAAACUUACUCGGAUAUUGCAGGAUUCACUAGGAGGAAACAGCAGAACUGUUAUGAUAGCUUGCAUCAGCCCUGCUGAUAUCAAUGCUGAAGAAACCCUUAACACUCUCAAAUAUGCUAAUCGUGCUCGCAACAUUCAGAAUAAGCCCAUUGUUAACAGAGAUUUCAUAUCCAAUGAGAUGCAAAAGAUGCACCAGCAGUUAGAGUACUUGCAGACAGAACUUAGUGCUCGUAAGAGAGGAGCUUUUUCUAAUGAACUGCUGGUUCUCAAGGAAAGGAUCGGUUGUCUUGAAGCUACUAAUGAGGACCUUUGUCGAGAACUUCAUGAAUAUCGGAGCAGAUGUGCUAUUGUGGAGCAUUGUGAAACAGAUUCUCUAGAAGGCCAAGCCUGUUUUGUGAAAAGAGAUGGACUUAAGAGGGGCUUGCAGAGUGUGGAUUCAUCUAGUUAUCCAGUAGGAGAAAUGACAACAGGUAAAAAUUACCAGGAAAUCAAUGAGGUGACGAAAGAGUGGGAGCACACUUUGCUUUGGAGUACCAUGGACAAAGAGUUGAAUGAAUUAAAUAGACGUUUAAAGCAAAAAGAGUCUGAGAUGAAACAUAUUGGAGAGACUGACACUGAAGCACUUAAGCAGCACUUCAAGAAGAAAAUCAUGGAACUUGAGGAAGAGAAAAAAAUUGUGCUGCAAGAGAGGGACCAUUUGGUAGCUGAAAUUUUAAACCUUGCUGCUGUUUCUGAGGGACAAACACAGAAACUGCAAGAUACUCAUGCUCUGAAAUUAAAGGCACUUGAGGCACAGAUUUUUGAUCUUAAAAAGAAACAAGAAAGUCAGCUUCAGCUUUUAAAGCAAAAACAAAGGAGUGAUGAAGAGGCGAAACGGCUGCAAGAUGAGAUACAGAGUAUCAAGGCUCAGAAGGUUCAAUUGCAGCAUAAGAUAAAACAGGAGGCAGAAAAAUUUCGACAAUGGAAGACUUCUCGUGAGAAAGAAUUGCUGCAGCAGUUAAGAAAGGAGGGCAGGAGAAAUGAGUAUGAACGGCAUAAGCUGCAAGUCGUGAAUCAGCGCCAGAAAAUGGUUCUUCAAAGGAAGACUGAAGAGGCUGCAGUAGCUACCAAAAGGCUAAAAGAGUUGUUAGAAGUUCGUAAGACUUCAGCACGUGACAACCUAGUUAAGUUCAACAGAAAUACAGCAACUGGACAGAGCAACGACAAAAAUUUGCAACGGUGGCUUGGUCAUGAGCUAGAAGUAAUGGCGAAUGUGCAUGCUGUUCGUUCAGAAUAUGAGAAGCAAACUCAAUUACGAGCUGCACUAGAGAAAGAGUUAGCCUUGUUGAAACAAGUGGAUCAGUUUCCUUUGAACUGUCUUAGAUCCCAAAGGAGAAAGAAUGAACAUUCUAGAGUGCCCUCCAAGUCACCAAAUGCAAGAAUAGCUUCACUCGAACACAUGCUGAGAACAACUUCAAAUGCCCUUAUUGUGAUGUCAUCACAAGCUUCAGAGGCAGAAGAGCGGGAGCGCAGUUUUACUAGUCAUGGACAUUGGAACCAGCUACGUUCAAUGGGAGAUGCAAAAAACUUGUUGCAGUACGUAUUCAAUGCUGCUGUAGAUGCAAGGUGCGAGUUGUGGGAAAAGGAAGUGGAAAUCAAGGAGAUGAAUGAUCAAUUAGGUGAGCUUGUGACCUUGUUGCAACAAAGUGAGGAACAGAGAAAAGAAAUUGUGAAGGAACAAAACCUGCGGGAGCAAGCUAUUGCCAUUGCCUUGACUACAUCAGCUUCAGGGAAAUCAUCAGGUCUGUUAAAGCACUCCGUGGAUGAUGAUGUUAGUGUCCCUGCAUCUCCAGUUUCAGUGCCAGCACCUAAGCAACUCAAAUACACAGCUGGGAUUGAUAAUGGGUCAGUCAGAGAGUCAGCGGCAAUUCCAUUCCAAACCCAAAAUUGGGGUGUGCAGAUGGUACCAAUGGGGCAGUUGUCAAUGAUGAAACAGGCUGGGAAACUCUGGAGGUGGAAGAGGAGUCAUCAUCAAUGGCUGUUACAGUACAAAUGGAAGUGGCAGAAACCAUGGAAACUUUCUGAGUGGAUCAAACAUAGUGACGAGACACUCAUGAAAUUGAGACCUCAUACACAUGCUUUGGCAGAUAUGAUGUGAUAAUUUCACAAUUAUAGCAUCUUUAAUGCUGUAUAUACAUCUUGACUGCUGCAUAUACGAUCCUGUACAUAUCUGGUGGAUGACGCAAAUAACUGCAGAGCCGUAAUUGGUGGAAGGGGGUGCUACCAAUGGCCUUUUUAGCUUUUAGACAUGUAGAUGGAGUUGUAGUGAGUUCGUUGUGCAGAGUUUGGCUUUGAGUUCGGCUGCCAUUAUGCGGGCUGGUGGGAUCUGAAAUGUUGCUGUCAUUGUAUAUAUGAUGAAACUGACAGAAGUCGCAACUCUUUCCUGCCUAUGAGAGAGGUAUUUGUCACUAUUUGAUUCAAAUUUUGUGUACAAAGUACUGCAAAUUUUUUUUUUUUUUUUUUUUUCUUCUUCCUGAUUAUGUAAUUAUUUUCUCAUCUGCUUUGGCACAAAAGCAGUGUAAGUUUUGUUUGUACACAAUCCAUAUUCAAUUUGGUUGAGGACGUUGAGUUCUCCACCUGGAAAUUUUAUUUUAUUUUUAUAUUUCGUAAUUAAAAUUGUCAAUAUCCUCUUUGGAGGAGUAUCCUCCAAACAAAAGUUGGGUUUAUUGGAAUUCAAACAAAAUGGGUUUUGAACCCCAAGGGCUUGGAGUCUUUGGAUUCAAACAACUCUUUAGAGAGGGAUGUGUGAGUAUCAAUUAAGAUAGAAAAAAACAAAAGAAGAUGGGUUUUGAAAUUUUGUGCUUACCUAAAAAAUAAAUUCCCAUUUUCAAAUUUUGUGCUUAUCGAAAAAAAGAAAAAGAAAAAGAAAGAUGUGUUUUUAAAUUUUGUGUACUGGGUGCCUCUGAAAGUAUCAUGUAUGAGGUAAUUAAGACAUUUUGCUGAACUUUCCAACACACCUUUAGCAGAAUUGCCUCACAAGUUUCGAAUUUGCUUGGCCAACUAGAGAGAUUGCAUGUCCGGUUGAACUUUGGGUGCUCCCUAAGUGCAAUUUAUAUUCGGAUAUUUUCUCUCACAAAUUUUAAAAAUAAUUUGGAAAAAAGGCCUACAUUUUGCUUGUGUAAAAAUAAAUAUAUAUAAAAUAUAAAAAAGUAAUUUGUAAAA